AUAUCACUUUAUAACAGACCUGUCUUUCAAAUUACAGCUGAUAAGCAUGCAAUGAAGCUGAAAAUAAACUGCGGCUAAAAUUGUUUUGGAUAUUUUGUAUUAAAAUUGUAAAAACAUGUCAGCGGUUAAACGUGUUCAGCAAUGGGCAACAUUUGCUCGCUCUUGGCACAUUUACGACUGCACCUGGCAAAACCCUUUCGAAUCGGCAAAAGCUAUAAAAACGCAUUUGAUGGGACUCCAUAAACCUAUUUACCAUCCAUUGAUUUCUUUUAGCUCCUUCUGCGGUCAACGCACUACACAAAAGUCAAAAGCCAUAUCAAUUCAUAAUCAAAAACGCAGCAUGGGACGUUUGGGAAAAGUUGAUCCAAGCUCGUAUUCCGAACCUAAUCGCAUAACGACUGUCCACAGCUCAUUGAAAUGGAUAGUCGACUUUCAAAAUACAAAACUGCAUGGCUCAGUUACGCACCGUUUUAAUGUAUUAGAAAAUAAUUUACCAGCUAUUCUUUUGGAUGUGCGGAAUGUUACUAUAAAAGAUGUAGUAAUUUUGUGUGAUAAUAAAUCUAUUCCUAUCAACCAUUUUGUAUCUGAUCCAGUAGACGAUAUUGGAGCUAAACUAACACUCGAAUUACCGCAAGGAACAGAUAAGGGCGAUUUAUUCGUUCAAAUUGAUUAUGAGACAUCAAGUACUGCCAGCGGAUUGCAAUGGCUUACUCCAGAACAAACACUUGGCAAAAAGCACCCCUACAUGUUUAGUCAAUGUCAAGCAAUUCAUGCACGUUCUAUACUACCAUGUCAGGAUACGCCUGCUGUUAAAUUUACAUACGAUGCACUAAUUGAACAUCCUACAGAGUUAACAACUCUGAUGAGUGCCUUAGUUCAAGAUAAAAAAGAGGGCAAAACUUCAUUUAAGCAAGAUGUACCCAUUCCGGCUUAUCUACUAGCAAUAGCGAUUGGAAAGUUAGUAUCUCGGCCUUUAGGGCCCAACUCGAAUGUAUGGGCUGAAGAGGAUAUUAUUGCAGAAUCUGCUGAGGAAUUUUCACAAACACUGCAAAUGUUGAAAACAGCUUCAGAUAUAUGUGGUCCUUAUGUGUGGAAGCAGUAUGAUCUUUUAGUGAUGCCACCAUCCUUUCCAUUUGGAGGUAUGGAAAAUCCUUGUUUGACAUUUGUCACGCCUACUAUCAUAUCAGGUGAUAAAUCUCUUGCUGAUGUGGUUGCGCAUGAAAUCGCCCACAGUUGGACUGGAAAUUUGGUCACAAAUAAAAACUUCGAGCAUUUCUGGCUCAAUGAAGGAUUUACUGUCUUUGUUGAAACCAAAAUUGUAGGUCGUAUGCAAGGUAGAAGAGAACAAGAUUUCCAUAUGAUGCGUAACCUAACUGAGUUAAAGGAAUGUAUUAGAACACAAUUGGCAAAUAGUCUGGAACUAACUAAACUGGUUGUUGACUUAUCCAACUGCGGGCCAGAUGAUGCAUUUUCAAGCGUUCCUUAUGUCAAAGGAUCUACAUUUUUGCGUUAUGUUGAAGAUUUGGUUGGAGGCCCUGAAGUAUUUGAACCAUUCUUACGUUCAUAUUUACAAAAAUAUGCCUACAAAUCAGUGGUAACAGACGAUUUCAAAUCAAGCUUAUAUGACUACUUUUCUACAACCGAUAAAAAAGACAAGCUUAACGAAAUUGAUUGGAAUUUGUGGAUGAAUCACGAGGGUAUGCCGCCUAUAAUUCCUAAAUUUGAUGACACAUUAGCGAAUAUCUCGAAAGAUCUGGCCUUGCUGUGGAGUUCUAAGGAUAUAAAAGAAUUGGAGAAUAAUGAAACCAUUAAGCAAAAAAUAUCCUCACAUCAGCUUAUUGAUUUCCUGGGUAAACUGAUUGAAUGCGAAGAAAUUGUUAACCUUAAUGAAAAGAAAAUCGAACUCCUUGAGAGCACAUACAAUUUAAAAAAUAGUAAAAAUUCAGAAGUUCAAUUCCGUUUGAUGCGCCUUUGUAUUAGAGCAAAAUUAAUGGAUCGUAUAAAUGAUAUUAUUGCAUUUGCUAAUUCGAAUUUCCGUAUGAAGUUUUGUCGGCCAAUUUACCGUGAUUUAGGAAAGUGGCCAGAAGCUAAGCCAAUUGCGAUCACGAAUUUCGAACGCGUUAAAGAUCAAAUGAUGGCAGUAUGCUCCCAUACAAUAGCAAAAGAUCUUGGGUUGAAGUAGUUAAACAGCAUAUCAAGAAAAACUUCCAUGAAUUGUUAAAAAAUUAUAUUUGUUAUUUUAUCGUUUACUAUUAAUUAGUAUGAAUUAAAUUCAUAUUGAUAUAUACACAUUAUAAUAUAUAUGACACACUUUUAAAUUUA